AAAUAAGUGACAAUUUCCCAAAACUUUGGUCAUUUUUGGCCAUAUUCCUUUUUCCAGCUCCCCUCUCAGCCCAUUUCCUUACGCCCACUGCUCUCUGCUUUCUCUCGAUUCCUCUCCCUCUCGCGAUCCAUCCGCCGUCGACCGUCACUGACCUCGCCGGUUGUAGUCGCCGCCGCCGUGACCUCGCCGGUGUGUCUCCUCCGUUGUCGCCGUGGGUGCAGGGGAAUUCCUUGGAGUGCUCCUGUUUUGCAAAGUAUUCGUGAAGAAAUCUUCUGCAUCAAUGUGGCUUCGAAUACCGAACAACAAUUUUAUGGAAUUUUGAAGAACUAGGCAGUUAAUGUGAAUAGAGCUGGAUUCUGUUAAGAGCUUUUCCAUUUGCAGCAGCACCGAGAAGUCAUUUUGUGUUUGAGAAAUUGCGAGCAUCAUUUAAGAAUGUGGAGAUCGCUUGUGGCAGCGAGAGCUUCUCUUAGCAGAUGGAGAACACGAAGCUUCUUUGUAACCCGAUGCACGGACGUGCCUUUAUCUGAGUCUGUAUUUCAUUUGCAACAUUCAAGUACAUCGAUCAUGGUUCCUCAAUCCUAUUUCUUUAGAAGUCCUAGGUUUUUUUCUCAACACUCUUCAAAUUCUUCAAAUUCUGAGCCGCUCACCGAAGAUUAUAAAUUGAUUUCAGUGGAAACGGUUGAAUUUGGUGAUAUUAGUGAUAGGCAGAUUGAAAUUUGUGUAGCUGAUGUUGCAGCUCAUGAGUUUGAUGGGGAGUCGGUGGUCGUUGAGGAGAAUAGCGAUCCCCUAGUGGAAGUUUCUGAUGGCAAUGGGGAAGAAGAGAAGAUUUAUGAAGUCAAUAUGGAGCAGUUAGACAGUGUGCUAUCUCUUAUUCAGAGUACUAUUGAUGGGUCCUUUGAAUCAAGUCUUGAUGAAAUGGGAUUGACUCUACAUGAAGAUUUUGUUCUGAAGGUGCUUGAAACCCAACAUAUUUUGGGUGAUAAUUUGAUUCGGUUUUUCCGCUGGGCUUUGAAUAGCCAACCCGAAUACAAAGUAACUACUCGUGUUGUGGCUGUUCUUGUUCACUUGAUUUGUAGUGAUCCUCGACAAAAAGAUGUUUACUUUUUGUGGGAUUUGAUUAAAGAAAUUGGUGAAAAGCAGAAUGGUUUGUUGAAUGCUGAGAUUCUAAAUCAGUUGAUAGCAGUGUUUUCAAAGUUGGGAAAAGGGAAGGCUGCUUUUGAAGUACUUGACAAUUUUGAGGUUUUUGGCUGUGUUCCUAAUGCUGAAUCUUACUAUUUGACUGUGGAUGCACUUUGCAGGCGCUCAUUUUUCGAUUGGGCAUGGUCAGUCUGCGAGAAAAUGCUUGAUGUAGGAAGCUUGCCUGAAAGUGAUAGAGUUGGUAAGAUCAUAUCAUGGUUUUGUAAAGGAAAGAAGGCAAAGGAAGUUCAUUCAGUUUACUUGCUAGCAAAGGAAAAACAUCUGAACCUACCUAGGUCUUCUGUAAAUUUCUUGGUUAGUUCUCUCUGUCGAGAUGACGAGACUGUCGAGUUGGCUGUUAAAAUGUUGAAAGAUUUCUCGUUGGAGGAUCGGAAGCAUGCCAUUAAGCCAUACAUGGUGGUAAUCCAUAGUUUGUGCAGGACUAAAAAUACCAGCAAAGCAAAAACUUUACUUUUAAAGAUGAUUGCCGAAGGACCACCUCCAGGAAAUGCAGCUUUCAAUUCUGUUAUUAAUGCAUGUUCCAAAGCUGGUGAUUUGGGGGAGGCAAUGGAACUGGUAAAGCUGAUGGAGAGUAGAGGGUUGAAGCCGGAUGUUUAUACUUACACAGUUGUCAUUAGCGGUUAUGCGAAUGGUGGUCAAAUGAAGGAGGCAUAUGAAGUCUUGGGUGAAGCGAAAAAGAAGCAUACUAAGUUAAGUCCUGUAACCUACCACACACUCAUCCGUAGUCACUGCAAACUUGAAGAGUUCGAUGCGGCACUGAAGUUACUGAGUGAGAUGAAAGAGUUCGGAGUGCAACCAAAUGUAGACGAGUACAACAAGUUGAUCCAAUCUCUUUGCUUGAAGGCUUUAGAUUGGAGAACAGCAGAGAGGCUAUUUGAAGAAAUGAAGGCAAACGGUUUGCAUCUUAAUGGCAUUACCAGGGGUCUAAUACGAGCAGUCCGAGAACUGGAAGAGGAAGAAUUGAGGACUGAAGAAUUGAGCAUCGCGGCUUAGGCACAAUUGAAUGGAGGCCUCUUCUAGCCUUUCCCCUCGGUGCUUUAUACUUGUUUUUCCUUGGGUGACAUAGGAUGAUAUUUCCAAUAAUGUUAAAAUCGUCUUGUUAUAUCUUUUUUUUUGGAUAUGUCAACGAAAUUUUGUUUUUCAGAAGAAAAACCCGACCCCCCUUAUUCUCUCUCUUAGACAUAAGAUGAUUUUGGGUUUGAAGCUAA